AUGGCCGAUUAUGUCCUCAUUCCAAACGGAGAAGAAGACCGUUCACCCCUCGCCGCCACUCCCAAGCCUCCACGUGUCGCCUCCCUCGAUGUCUUCCGCGGCCUCUGCGUCUUCCUGAUGAUGGUGGUUGAUUACGGCGGCUCGAUUGUUCCGGCGAUCGCACACUCGCCGUGGACCGGUCUCCAUUUGGCUGACUUUGUGAUGCCGUUUUUUCUCUUCAUUGCCGGAGUUUCUCUCGCUUUGGUCUACAAGAGAGUGAGUAACAGAGUGGAGGCUACAUGGAAGGCCGUGUUUCGUGCGGUUAAGCUCUUUCUGUUGGGCGUUCUUCUUCAAGGUGGUUAUUUUCAUGGAGUAGCUUCCUUGACUUUUGGAGUUGACAUUGAAAGAAUACGGUGGUUUGGAAUUUUGCAGAGGAUAGCCAUUGGAUAUAUGGUUGCAGCUUUAUGCGAAAUUUGGCUUUCACGUCGGACCUCGAGCGAAGUGGGGUUUUUCAGGAGCUAUUACUGGCACUGGUGUGCCAUCUUUCUGUUAUCAGCAAUAUACAGUGGGUUGCUGUAUGGUUUGUAUGUUCCAGAUUGGGAAUUCAAAGCAUCAACACCUACAUAUUUGACUCCCUCUAAUGAUAGUCAUGUUUACGUGGUGAAAUGUUCUAUGAGAGGAGAUCUUGGACCUGGUUGUAAUUCUGCUGGGAUGAUUGAUCGUUACAUAGUGGGUGUUGAUCAUUUAUAUUCAAAACCUGUAUACAGGAACCUGAAGGAGUGCAAUAUGUCUACUGGUGGUCGCAUUCCAGAGAGUUCUCCUUCAUGGUGUCAUACACCUUUUGAUCCUGAAGGUAUAUUAAGUACCCUAACGGCAGCAGUGACUUGCAUAAUUGGACUCCAGUACGGUCACAUUCUUGCACACAUACAGGACCACAAAGGGCGACUGAAUAUUUGGUCUCUGUUUUCAGUAUCAAUGUUUGUCCUCGGAUCAUUUCUCGCGUUCAUAGGUGUUCCUGUAAAUAAAUCUCUGUACACGAUCAGUUAUCUGCUAAUUACUUCAGCAUCUGCGGGAAUGACAUUUUGUGCUCUAUAUCUGCUGAUAGAUGUUUACGGUUAUCGGUGCAUAACAUUUGUGUUGGAGUGGAUGGGCAUACAUUCUUUGAGUAUUUUUAUAGUUGUAACUUCCAAUCUAGCUGUUAUUGCGAUUCAGGGAUUCUACUGGACUCAUCCUGAGAAUAAUAUUGUUCACUGGAUCAUAACACCUUUUGUGCACAAGUGAAUUAUUUCUUUGGUGUUCAAGGAUGGAUAAGAAUCAUUUGGACAACUGUCCAUAAUUCAGAAGCAUUCAUGGUUGCUUCAUGAUUCUCAUCACAUCAUCUCAUGCAUGAGAUCUGAAUUUUGGGGUCCAAUUUCUUCCUAUCAUCUAUUUCUACAUCCAAACAUAUUCUGCCAUCUCUUGCUCAAGUAACCGAGAUUAUUCUUCGAUGAUUCAGACUAGAAGCUCGUGCAUUCAUUUGACCAUGAAAGAAUCUGGUAUCUCAGUGCUCAAAUUUUAUCACCUGCAAUUGUGUCACACGAGUCCUAUUACCUUUGUGAACUUCAGUAGCUAAGGUAUUCCAGUUCACAGGGUUACAGUCGCAGGUUCAAAACCUCCCUUGACCCUUGUCAGUAAAUUGUUUAUUUUUAU